ACUGUGAUUUGGGUUUUAAUUUUUGUGUGUCUACAAUCUUUUUGUAGAUUAUUAGGUGAACACAAUGUAGACAAUAACAUAUUCUGUUAAGCUUAAAUAAAGUUAUCUUGAAUGGUAAAGUUUGAAAUAAUUAAUGGAUGAAGAUCACAGUUUGGAUAUUCGCAAUUGGGGUUACUAUGAACCAACAUCUGUUAAAGGAAAUGUGGGUCUUCAGCUCAUGUCCCCAACAAUGCCUGAGAAACCCCUUUUGGGUUCACGCAGUAAAACGAUCAUGAAAAGUGUGAAAGGAGGUUUUCACCAUAGGGAUAUUGGUGUUUCGCCGUCCAUGUUCCCCAUGGAGUACAUGAGGGGUGCUUGGAUUGGCCAGAGCGAAAAGUUUCUCAAAAUGUUUCCUGGAAACCAUAAUUAUGCUGAGGUUUUGCCUGAAACAUCUGCAGCUCGUCAUAUGCAAAUGUUUCAACCACCUUAUUCGGCAAAUGACGAAACACUGGACCAAGUUGAAGCUGCUGGAGUUGUUGAAAAGGCAAAUGGUCCUGAGAAGAAGAGGCAGCAUCCAAAAGCUUUGAAAUCCCUUAAAGCAAAGAAGGGUAAGAGAGGCCCUCAAGUACCCAAGCCUGACGGUAGUCCUUCUGCUCAACGAGGAAGGUCUGCCAAGAAAACCGCAGAAAUUUUGAUAAAUGGGAUCAGCAUGGACAUCUCAGUAUUUCCUAUACCGGUUUGUUCAUGCACUGGCAGCCCCCAACAAUGCUAUCGAUGGGGUUGUGGUGGGUGGCAAUCGGCAUGUUGUACGACAUGCAUAUCUGGGCAUCCCUUGCCUAUAAGUACAAAACGGCGUGGUACAAGGAUAGAAGGGAGAAAAAUGAGUUUAGGAGCUUUAAGAAAGUUUUCGAGAAACUUCCUGGUGAAGGCUAUGUCUUGGCUAAUCGGAUUGAUCUAAGAACUCACUGGGCUAAACACGGUACAGACAAGUUUGUCACUAUCAGGUAGGUGUACCAUUUGGAUCUUUCUAUUGCCCACUGCUGCAAGCCACCAUGUUUGUAUUUGUAUAUAUUUUAUACGCAAAGUAGCUGUUGUUUUAUCUUCUUUUUGCUUGUAGUCUUAGCUGUUUCAAACUUUUUGAUGCCAGGGAGAAUGAUGUCUGGAUGAGAUUAUUUUAAUGGAUUCAUGUCUCAUAGUUUCUUUUUCUCCUGAUGACCUUUUAAAAUAUAUGUGAUGGAUUAUUUUUU